UGUUUGCAGUUUCAUUUUUAAUCUGACGCUGUAAAUAUCGCUCUAAAUAAUGCCAGGAUACUGUUGUGUUCCGGAAUGUACAUCGUCAACAGGAGGUCAUUCUUUUCCGAAAGACACAAAGCUGAGUUACCAGUGGAGAGUUGCCAUCAGGAGGGUUGAUUCUACAUCAAAAACACUAUGGAAACCAAAGGCACAUGACAGUCUGUUUCCUCCACUUUCGUGAGGAAGAUUACAUUUCUACACUUGUACAUGAGAGAAAAAGACUGAAGCCAGGAACGAUACCAUCCAUAUUUCCAUUUAAUAAAGUGAAAGACGUACCAUCAUCACGUACUAGCCGUCUAGCUAAACGCCGCAAAGUAGGCCUAUCAGAUCCGGUGACAGUACCAACAGCUCCUGAUUAUAUUCAUGAAGUGGAGGUUGAGUCUCAAGCAGAUGAAGCAGUGGAAGACAAACAUGAAGACUGCCCUGGUGUGAGCCGAAAAGAAAGUACAUCUUCCCAGUGUGAUAUCAUUACACCAUCAGACACAAGAGAAAGCAUCAUGCUGUACCAGCAAAUGACCAGUUGCAAAAGAAUAAAUUUAUUUAUGUAUUUGUGA